CCUGCACGCACUGGUCCCGGUGCGCUCCAGUGGAUGACUCCGUUUUAUUUCUUUUAUAUCAUAAGGCGCCUCGCAGAGCGUGCACGCGCGGGCGACCCGUCACAGCGGUGCGCGCACACAGAUGCAGGCGUCCGCGGGGACCGGAGGGGCGAGCUGAGCAGUGAUGGCGCGCCCGUGGAGCGGAUGCGGUCUGUGCUGGAGCCUCGUGGCAGCCUUCAGCGUGUUUCUGCCGCCCGUCGGGGCCAGAGGAAAUCGAGCCGGGCUUUCAGCUUUAUCCGGAACCCUGCCUCGCUUCCUUCAGGAGCCUGAUGACGCGUACAUCGUCAAAAGCAAUCCAAUUAAGCUUGAAUGCCGGGCUAGACCUGCGCUGCAGAUCUUCUUCAAGUGCAAUGGAGAGUGGGUUCACCAGAACCAGCACACAUCCCUGGAACACAUCGAGCUGGGAACAGGUCUGAAGAUUCGUGAAGUGAUGAUAAAUAUCUCUCGGCAGCAGGUGGAAGAUUUUCACGGUCCAGAGGAUUUCUGGUGUUUGUGUGUGGCCUGGAGUCACCUGGGCACGUCCAAGAGUCGCAAAGCCACAGUCCGCAUCGCAUAUCUAAGAAAGAACUUUGAGCAGGAACCACAGGGGACAGAGGUGCCCAUUAAAGGAAUGAUCGUCCUUCACUGUCGUCCCCCAGAGGGAGUUCCCCAAGCUGAGGUGGAAUGGCUAAAGAAUGAUGAACCAGUCAGCGGACCUGUUGACGUUAACGUUGACGCACGUUUAAAUCACAACCUGAUUAUUAAUGAAGCACGACUCUCGGACUCAGGAAAUUACACAUGUGUAGCCAGUAACAUUGUGGCCAGAAGACGUAGCCCCUCCGCUACUGUUAUUGUUUAUGUGAAUGGAGGGUGGUCAUCAUGGUCUGAAUGGUCGGAAUGUAGCGUGCCGUGUGGCCGGGGUUUUAUUAAACGCACGCGCACAUGCACCAAUCCUGCGCCGCUAAAUGGAGGAGCGUUCUGCGAAGGUAUUUCAGUACAGAAAAGCAGCUGCUCCUCACCCUGUCCAGUGGAUGGUGGCUGGUCUGGGUGGUCCCUCUGGUCUGUGUGCAGUUUAGAGUGUGAGCACUGGCGAAGUAGAGAGUGUGUCAACCCAGAGCCCAAACACGGAGGAAAGUUGUGUGAUGGAAGUGCACUGGACACGGAAAACUGCACUGGUGAUCUGUGUACACAAGAUAAAAAGCUCCUGCAUGAUUUGAAGGUUCCUCAAGCGGAGGCAGAGGUCAGCAAUGAUGUGGCGCUAUACUCAGGCCUGGGAGGAGGUGCGGUCGCUGUGGUGAUGCUGAUUGUCAUUGUGGCGCUCUAUAAGCGGAGCCACAGUGAGUGCGGUGUGGAUGCUAUUGAUGCUUCUGUCCUCACUGGAGGGUUCCAGUCAUUCAGCUUUAAGAGCAACACACAGGGUAACCCGUUACUGAUGAAUCCAGGUCGCUCCGUGUCAUAUUCAAGCCCCAUGUGUUUUCCUGACUCUGUGGAUAAAGAGCUCAUUUUCCACCCACUACCUGACGUCAAGGUCAAAGUUCACAGUUCCCUCAUGAUGUCCCUGGGUAUGACAGAAGGAACGGCCCCACACUCAACAGCUCCACACCUUGCAUUUGCCCAUGAUGGUACGAUUGUGGGAAAAAGCAUGAAGGCAGAUUUUCCAAUAGCUGUACCCAAUAGCAUGCCUAUACUCAAGACCAGUGGGCACUUUGGGCACAAUGGAGGACGGCUUGUGCUGCCACACACAGGUGUGAGUUUGCUGAUUCCUCACGGGGCGAUUUCAGAGGACACAAGCUGGGAAAUGUACAUGAGCAUCAAUCAGGAAAUCGCCUGUGCCCUUUCUGAUGAUGAGGUUCUUUUGGGUCCGGAGGUCUCAUUUGGUCCUCCAGGUGUCAUCUUAUCAUGUCCUGUUGCCAUGACAAUAUCACACUGUGCAGAUAUCUCAGAGGACUGGAGUGUAAGACUGAAGAGACAAACACAUGGAGACAACUGGGAGGAUGUGAUGUGGAUGAAAGAAGAGAGCUCUUCAUGUUACUGUGUGCUGGAGUCACAGUGCUGCUUUGUGCUUGUGGAUCAGCCAGGUCGUUAUGCUCUGGUUGGAAUGCCGGUCAGUGAGUCUGCUGUGAAAAGACUUCGUAUUGCGGUGUUUGGAACCUUAGAAUGCGACGUAUACACACUCCGCGUUUACUGCACGGACGACACACCGCAUGCCUUCCAGGAGGUGUUGUGGUUGGAGCGUGCUCAGUGUGGUCGUCUCCUGGGAGAGCCUUGCACUCUGUUCUUCAGUAGAAGUUCCUCUAACCUGCAGAUCUCCAUCCAGGAUGUUUCACCUCACUUCAUUUGGAGCAUCAAACCCUUCGCCACCUGCCAGGAGUUCUCUUUCACUCGGGUCUGGUGCAGUACUGCAUCUCCUUUGCAUUGUGCCUUCUCUCUGCAGUGCCACAACCCGGCAGCCAAUCAGCUCUCGUGUAAGAUCAGUGUGCGGCAGGUCAAAGGUCAUGAGCAGAUCCUGCAGAUCUGCACCGCCGUGUCCGAGAGCCAAAAGGACAUGGUGCCAUUUUUCUCUCAGCCAGAUUCUACUCUUUCCUCUCAGAUGGGGGACAAAGCUUUUAAAAUCCCGCUCUCCAUACGGCAAAGGAUCUGUGCCACCUUCGACACUGCCAAUGCCAAAGGCAAAGACUGGCAGCUUCUAGCCCAGAAACUGCACAUAAACAGAAAUCUGGGUUACUUUGCACAGCAGUCAAGUCCUUCGGCGGCGAUCCUGUGCUUGUGGGAAGUUCAACAUCAGGAACGUGGAGAUCUGGACUCUCUGGCCAGUGCCUUGGAGGAAAUUGGACGUGUCCAGGUCAAACAGUCUGGCAUUAUAUGUUAUAAGGACCAGCCCAAACAGCAGGGUAUUAUAGGUAACAUGGACAAACCCAAACACUCCGGGAAUUCCCUCACCUUCAAUUACUCGAAGAACUCAUCUACAAUCACUAGCAUGCUAGAAAAGUCAGAAAAAGUGGAUGAUAUUCUUAUCUUGGACCAGUCAAGGCACAAUACAGGAAAAACUCCAACCGCUGACCCCACUAUUGGUCUGUAUAACAAUGAUUUAGAUUCAGACCACACCUAGGAAAGCUUAGGGGAAAAUACGCAACCAAGAGCAAAGUCUACUGAGGAAAACAGGUGGAGACUAGGAGCAGCUCCUCCCUCUGAUGAAUUGGAGCAGGUUUUGUGGAAAUCAAGGUUAAGGUGGUGACGGAGACAUGGAAAUGUUGCAAUUAACUUUUCACAAUGGAUUCCGAGGUCUGAACGAUACAUGAGCCUGAAGUAAUGACUCGUCGAAUCAGGACUGGAUUUGUUGAUGACCCAAGCGGUGGGAUGAAACUUUUUAACUCCUGCCCCCUUUCACAUCCAUUUCUGAUGCCUUCUAGUGGCAUUUUAAUAUCUAAAAAUUUUGUGAGAUUUUGUCUUUCGUUUGAAAUCAUCUUGUUUGGAUCUUUCUUUCAUUCACCAAUGAGAAAGAAACAGAAAAGAAGAUUGAGUAGACUGGGAGAUGAACAGAUUAGACAAGAAAACUGAGCACUCACAUGCAUUCCUGUGUAGCAACAGGUAUAUUUAACCUGCUAUGAUGUUUGAAGAUGGAAAUGCUCUUGAGUACAGGUUAUUUAUGGAGUAGGAUGGAGGGAUGGAAAAUAGCGCUAUGUGCUAUUUUUAAAGGGAUUGUGCAAAGAUAUCUAAAAAAAAGAUUUUUUUAAUGGCUGUAAUAUGAGUAAAAAGCUUUAUGUCGCUUUACGACUGGUAAAUGGUCAGACUUCCCUGAUUGCCAGGUCCCCGGUGAUCUGUAAUACUGUAUGUCAUUGGUGUAAAGAUGUGACUUUGGUGCGAAGGGUAUUUGUUCCGGAUCAGUGUUAUGUCUGAAUACCCCGCUCUCUUAAUAUCUGAAGCAAAUUAGUACACAGAUUAGGGUAGAUAACCACAUGAAAGGAGGAAACACAUGUUAAAUGUAGCUUUUAAGUACAUGAUUUUGGCUUCAUAAUUAUUCGAGAAGAAGCUACUUAAACAUAUGAGUCAUUCACGAAAUAGAAGUUUUAUCUCGCACGAAGAAUUUACUUUCAACACAGCUAGUAGCAUAACCAAACCAUAUAAAAUAUUC